UUGUCAUGCCAUUUAUUUCUGUAAUGUAUUUUACAUUUGCUAGGCAUUCUUUUAAACCAGACAUACGUUACUAAUAGAUUACGUUGAAUUUGCGAACCGGCAUGUUUUUUUGUCUGUUUUUUUUUUAGCAAAUGCUAAGAAGCUAACAGGGGUUUAGCAGGUUUGCUAACGUAAUUUAUGAUGUCAAAACCCCCCAAAAAGAUUAAGCUGGAGGUAGCGAUGACUUCUUCAGAAUGGCGCCUGUCUCUGAAGAUGAUGGAUCAGCCCAAAUCCACCUUCCACUUCCCAGACAUGAUGCCUGGGGACGUUCCUCCUGGAGGAUACAGAAUCGCCACUGUAAAACAGCUUGUCGCAGCACAGAUCCCAGACUCCUUCCCAGAUCCUGAACUAAUAGAGUUUGUCCACUGUGGUCGGAAGCUUAAGGACGACCUUACUCUGGAUGCCUGCGGGAUUCAACCGGGAUCCACCUUACACAUCCUCAAAAAGACCUGGCCAGAGUCAGAGAGCCGCUCAGAGCCUGUGAACAGAGCAACAGCAGCCAGGGAGUUCAGGGUGUUUCACGCUGCGCUACACUCUCUAAACUCUGCCUACAGAGACUCAGUUUAUAAAACGCUGACAAAUAAAGAUUCUCUGGAUCAGAUCAUCGUGGCCACACCCGGGCUCAGGUUAGACCCAGUUGCCUUAGGCGUGCUUCAAGACAAAGAUCUCUUUGUGCAGUUCACAGACCCCAGCAUGCUGGAUGUAUUGAUCUCUUCACACCCGGCCCUCGUCAAUGCCAUCAUCCUGGUGCUGCACUCUGUGGCCGGCAGCAUGCCCGCUCAGGCCAGCGCCAGCUCCUCUCGCAACGUCUCCGCCAGCUCCUACAGCGAUAUGCCAGGGGGCUUCAUGUUUGAGGGCAUGUCUGACGAUGAGGACGACUUCCAGUCCGGGAGCCCCGCGGGUCCCUCACACAGAGCAGGAGGCUCGGCGGGAAUACGCCCAGUGUCUCUGAGCCACAGCGGAGCGACGGGCCCUCGACCAAUAACGCAGAGCGAGCUGGCCACAGCUUUGGCCCUCGCCAGCACGCCUGACAGCAGCGCGGUCACUCCAACAACUUCUAGCCAGUCGGACCCCUCUAGUGGCGUAGCCCCCAUGCCAGCAGGGACCCCAGUGAGUAACGAUCUCUUCAGCCAGGCGCUGCAGCAAGCUCUGCAAGCCUCCAACAUGUCGGCUCUACAGGGCCGCUGGCAGUCCCAGAUGCAGCAGCUCAGGGACAUGGGGAUCCAGGACGAGGAUCUGAUGCUGAGGGUGCUGCAGGCCACAGAUGGUGACAUCCAAUCUGCCCUGGAGCUCAUAUUUGCUGGAGGCCCCGGACUCUGAGCCAUCGCCCCACAGACGGAGGCUUUUAUAGAGACAGCUUGUCUUCUACAGUAUUCAGAUUUAUUCAGAUUACCCUGUUUAUCACAUUUACAGCAUCACAUCAGAGUCUCUCUAGGUGAUGACAGACUUUUGUUAUUAAUGUGAUUUAUUGUAAUAAAUGUGAUCAUGCUUACCUCAUCCA